GCGGGUUCCGCCCCUCGCGCUGGGGAGGCAGGCUCCGAGCGGCCGUCGGAGCCGUGGUCGCUGUUCGUGCUUCCUCGCCGUCCCCGCCGACACCAUGCUCCAGUUCCUGCUUGGAUUUACUUUGGGCAACAUCGUUGGAAUGUAUCUGGCUCAGAACUAUGAGAUACCAAACCUGGCCAAAAAAUUUGAAGAAAUUAAGAAGGACUUGGAGGCCAAGAAGAAGCCGCCUAGCUCAUGAGGUGACUCCGCUGCCCGUGGAUACACUAAUCAGACCGUCCUUGAAGGCCGCCUCACGUUCGAACCAAAGGCUCCUGUUCUCAUCACAGCCUCGUGAGGUUCUUCUUUGAUAGACCCUGAGCUGCCUUAGAGCAAAAAUGGGGCCAUCAGUUAAGAGCCCCCCAUACCUUCCCCACAUCUUCACUUCUCCCCAACCUCCUCCCAGCUGUUUGGGAGGUCCUAAGACUGGAUUAUGGUGCUAGAUUAGUAAAUAUGACCUUCAAUUAGUAGUCUCCUCUUUGUUCUUUGGAAUUUCUACUACCUUUUUCGAAAGAAAACUUGAGCUUUGCAUAGCUGAUCAGAUACAAAAAAUGCUAAUUUCACAGUUACACAGUUAUAAUAGGUGCUUGGUAACCCUUUGGUAAUAAAUGAUGUUUCACAGUAAUUAAAAUUAAUAUCUGGAAGCUGCUUUCUAAUGAAUUACCCACUUAUUUUAUACCGUGGUUGGGCAGCUCCAUAUUUGCUCAUUUAACCAGUCAAUUUACCAUUUACUAACUGAGUAACUGUAUUCUGAGAACGUGGUUAGGAACUGGGGAAUUAAAAAUCUGUAAAGCGUGGUCGUCCUCAGUAGAUUUCCUAGUCUGCAGUGUGCGUGUUUCCUGCCGAUGUAUGUAUUCUAGCUCUUGUGCCUCAGAAGAAUAGCGCUCAUUGUGUGGGAUUACAAGUGUGUUUGACGUGACUUGAUGGGUAAAUCAGAAGUUAUCUGUAAAGGAAAUUUCGAGCCCUUUCACAUUUAAAAAAAAUAAUGUAUUUCCACGAUAACUUUAGAGAGAAACUCAUAAGGAAAACAUGGCCCAAAUGUAUGAUAAAUGAACACCUCCAGAAGGAAGGUUGUUCUGCUUCUCUCUGCAGUUUGUGUUUUUUCAGCAGUCAGAAAUGACCCUUGCGAUUUGUCAAAUAUAUAAUCAGUCUGUAUUUUCUUUAAAUAAACUUAAAAAAAUGUUUGAAUAGGUAACUUUCCAGGCGUCAAGAUAGAAAAGUGAUUUAGUGAAAAGGGCCUGUCCCACCCCUGUCCUCAGCUUCUCGUUUCUCUCCUCAGAGGCAGUCGCUGUUACCAGUUUCCCGUACUUUCUAGAAAGAUUCGAUGCCUAAACAGAUGCACGUGUGUGUGCUUGGGUAUUUUUACACAAGUGACGACAACCAUACACUGAUGUCUGUCCCUGCCGCCUUUUUUUAAAUGGCGUUCAGUCCGUGUUGUUACAUAAGGAACAGAGAUCAUCUUUUUUUACUACAUAAAGUUCAAUGGAAUGGCUAUACCAUAAUUUAAAUAAUAAUCUGAUGAAAUUUGGCAGUUUCCUGUGUUUUGCUAUUACUGUGAUAACCUUGAACCUGUCAUUGCACCAAUGUCUUGGCAGGCUGUGUAUCUACAGGAUAAAGUCCUAGAAGUGCAGUUUGCACAAGUAUAGCCAGUGCCUCAUCUCGUUGGGUGUUUUGUUUCAGGGGGCUUGUUGAACACCUUCACUGAUAAUGACUUUUCUGGAGACAUUUUAUUUUAACAGAAUCAGCAAGCUGGAAAACAGUGGUGUCGCAGGUACUGCAUGUGAUUAUAAAAUACACUGACUGCUUCCUUUCUGAUGAUCUCUCUGCCAGAUCUCAUGCAGGGAGAGCAGCUUUAUCCCUGUCCAGGUCGUCUUCAUGGGAGAAAACCGAGGGUCAGACUCUGGUUUGGCUGCUCCCUGGCAGAGCAGUUGUGGGCAGUCAGCUCACUUGCUCUGUAAGCUGCAGACAUCAUACCUACCUCACAGGGCGUUCAUGAGAAAUAACGUAUGUUAACGUUAUGUGCUGCUUUAUACGUUGUCCGGUAAAUAGCGGAUGUCAGGCCACACGUGCUGCUUUCAGCCAGGAUAUGUUCGUAUUUCUGCAACUGCUUUUGGAACCAGUUUAUGAACCAUGCAAACUUCAUUGUUCUGUGGUCACAUUUUGUUGUGAGGAAAAUUACAGUGUGGGCCUUAUACCACCUGGCUCACAAAAUUUGAUCCUAAAUGAUGUUUUGGUCAUCUCGUGCUGCUAUAACAGAAAUACCACAGUGGAUGGCUUUAACAGAGACAUUUAUUCUCUCACAGUUUAGGAAGCUAGAUGUCCAAAUUCAGGGUGCCAGCUCAGGGGAAGGCUUUCUCUCUGUCAGCCCUGGGGGAGGUCCUGGUCAUCUGUCUUGUAGAUGGAGUCCUGCCUCGUUAGCAUCAUAGAGGUAGGAUUUAUGACACAUAGGAAAAUCACAUCAGAUGACAAAAUGGUGGACAGUCACAUAAUACUGGGAAUCAUAGCCUGGUCAAGUUGACACACAUUUUUGGGGGGGACACAGUUCAGUCCAUAGCAAAUGACAAAAUUGUUAGCAGAGCGAACUACAGUCUCAAAGAGUAAAGGCUUACCACCCUUUUGGGUAUUCAGAAUGCAGUGCUUUGAGCUCAGAAAGCUAUUUCCAAAAAGGCUGCCUUGUUAUCAGCGAUGGUAGCAGCAUUAGGAUGUGGGUGUGGUCUCCGAGUGGCUUCUUUGAGCAUGAAGGCAUUUAGGUAUUAGAUUAGGUCUCUUUAUAGUCUUACCUUGUGAACGAAGCUCAUUUGGACUUGAGGCUUCCCUCAGGAGUGACACCUAACCCACUGAUAGAAUCAUUUCCCUGUUGGAGGGAAUAGGAGCCAUCCAAAGUCAGUUCUCGUGUUCACAUUCCCCACAUAUGGUGCUACGGAGUGAACACGAGCUGACCGAGUGUUCCCCAUUGAGAUACCCUCUCUGAGGUUUGUGUCCUUUGUCUUAGUUACAUAAUGCCUCUAUAACAGAAAUACCACAAAUGGGCGGCUUCAGAUAAAUUUACUUUCUCACUGUUUAGGAGGCUGGAAGUCCAGAUUUAUUCAGGGUGCCAGCUCUAGGGGAAGGCUUUCUCUCUUGUCUCUUGAGCUUCUGAGUGAUCUUUAUGUGGCUUGGCAUCUCUCUUCCCGUCUCUGCUUGCUUAAUCUGCUCCUUUUAUAUCUCAGAAGAGAUUGAUUCAAGACACACCCUACACUAAUAAUGCCUCAUUAACAUAACAGAUCUCAUUCCUAGAUGGCAUUAUAACCAUAUCUGUUGACUCCAGUCCCGACCCAUAGGGAUCCUAUAGGACAGAGUAGAACUGCCCCAUAGGGUUUCCAAGGAGCAGCUGGUGGAUUUGAACUGUUGACCUUUCAGUUAGCAGCUUGAGCUCUUAACCACUGCACCACCAGGGCUCCAUUAUAACUAUAGGUAUACCCAAACCUACUGUCAUUGAUUUGGAGCUGACUCAUAGCGACCCCUGUAGGACAGAGUAGAACUGCCCCAUAGGAUUUCCAAGGCUGUAAUAUUUAGGGAAGGAGACUGCCACAUCUUUCUCCUGAGGAGAGGCUGGUGGGUUCAAACUGCUGACCUUUAGGUUUACAGCCAAGUCCUUAACGACCAGGACUCCUCCAAUCAUAGGUAUAACCCUUUGCUGUCAAGUUAUUUCUGACUCAUAGUGACCCUAGAGGACAAAGUGGAACUGCCGCAUAAAGUUUCCAAGGAACGCCUGGUGGAUUCAAACUGCCGACCUUUUGGUUAGCGCCGACCUUUUGAUUAGCAGCCAUAGCUCUUAACCAGUACGCCACCAGUGUUCCCAAACAAUAGGUAUAGGGAUUAGGAUUUACAAGACAUGUUUUUGGGGGUACACAAUCCAUAACACUCCUGCAGCAGGAAGGGGCUGGGAGUUCUCAGGCAAGGUGCUCUGAGGAACCCAGGCCUGUCAUAGGUGUGGGGUGUGGCUGAGAGUCUGUGAUGACAGGGACAUGGGGUGGUGGUGGCUGUGACCAUGGUUCCUGUGGCGCCUCAUUCCCUGGACGUUUUGUGGGGGCCCUUGCCUCCCAAGGAAACCCUGGUGGCGUAGUGGUUAAGGGCUACGGCUGCUAACCAAAAGGUCGGUGGUUCAGAUAUGCCAGGCGCUCCUUGGGAACUCCAUGGGGCAGUUCUACCCUGUCCUAUAGGGUCGCUGUGAGUUGGAAUCGACGAUGGCAAUUGGUUUUGGGUUGCCUCCCAAAUAGUGGGGGAUGGGAAGGAGCCCUGCAAGAGAUACCCUUUUUUUCUUUUAAAAAACAUUUAAACGAACUCCUGUUGAUGGGAGGUAAGAAAAUUUUUUGCCACACCUGACCAUAAAAGGAAGGUUGGUUACUCAAGUUACUUCUGAAGUUUCCUCCGAGGUAAAAAGGAAGACUUUGGAAUCGACACUGGGAACAUAAAUACACUGAACUUCAAAAGCUGUCCUUAAAUGAACGCUCCCCCCCAAAAAAAGAAAAAGGGAGAGAAAAAACCGGUUGAUUUAAAAUUGGUAAAAGAGAGAAAAGCCUGUAUUUUAUGAGCUGAAGUUACCAAUUGGCUUCUUUAGCCUUUUCUUCUGAGUUGGUGUUUUGUGCAGUUAAGUUACCCACUUCGGAGUCAAAGGAACGAUUUUAUUUCCCUUUCUGAACUCGCUUUCCCAGUUGUCAUUUGUGUGACUGUAGAGACGAUGAUUAUGCCCCGGUGGUCUGCAUGUGCGGGUUCCUAGUACAUGCGUCCCAUGAGCAGCUCAUGCCCUGGAGACUGGCCUGGUGUUUGUCUUUCUGCUGUGGUCUCCCACGUGUCUUAUGCUUUUCCUGAGUUACUCCUGCUGAAGGAACACUGUAGACUGUACUGGAGCAAAUGAGGCUUUUUUAAGCUUCCCGUCUUCCAUUCCACAGGCAGAUGAAGGAGUUCUUUUUUCCCUACUGACUCGUAGGGCCCUGCCAGUGGGCAAGAACAGGGUGGUGAAGGGAAAAUAUUUUGAGACUCCGCCUGGUCCUAAUAGGGAGUUUGUGACUUCCCGGUUUUCAGAUUUAAACUUUUCCUAAAUCUGGUUGCAAUGUAUUGAGUUGUCCAGUCCUGCAGGCUGAGGCAUGGCUGGGUUGCCAGGCUCUGGGGAAGAGACACAGCAGACCGGAGCCACGUAGCUGCGUGGAAAGUCACAGGGUGGGGCAGUGCAAGGCGGGGUCUGGAGCCUGGUGAAUCGCUGCCUCUGUGUAAGGCCUUAUGAAAGGCACCAGGGAGUUGCAUCAUCCUCACAUGUAUAACUGUACAGCAUUGGGGGAAAAGGUGCCAUGUGAAUGGACAGUGCGGGCAGCUUGCCCCACACUCACUUGGUGAUGGCAUCCUUAGAGAGCUGCUUGGGUGCCUGGUCAGUCUCGGGUCCGUUUGUGUUCUAGGGGCUUGGGCGUUUUGCUACACAGAGAGACUCUAGUGUUAGAGAGACUUUCCCAAACAACGUGGUCCCUCAAUGCAAAGCCAACUCUGUUUGGUGUGCAGUUAAAUGUUGGAGGGAAAACUAGCUAUUUUUAUUUAUUAAAAGAUCACGUGACAUGUACACAUUAAUGUAAAAGAUUAUAUGCCAUGUUCUUCUGGGUGACUUAAGCCAGAGUCAGAGGCAGCUGGGACUAAGCAAAUUUGACAUGUAUGUUGACUCCAGAAUAAGAUGGAACUCUGCUUGGUCUCUUGGGAAUUGUACAAUGAUCACUUACAGCACUUCCAGUCGUAUAGCACUGUGCUAUUAGAAGAUAAAAAUCAAAUUAUAAAAUAUUCACAAGAGAUACAUAACUGUUAAGUGCUUGAGGUUAUUGAUUAAGGGUGGGGUUGUAAAGCUGAUUGUUGUAAUUGCUGUCAAUAAGCUGUAUAUCUGUAAAAUGUUCAACUGGUAAAGUUGUGUGAUAGAUACAUUUACAACAAUGACCAAAAAAAAAAAAAAAAAGCUGCUGAGGCUGCUUAUGUACAACCAAGCACCUCAUGGGAUUUGGUUUUUUGCUUUGGAGUUUUAGGGUCAUGGUUUCACAGAACACCCCCGUCGACUGGCCUAAUAAUGUGUUCAGUGCUUCUGUUCUGCCUCCUUGUUUGUUGUGUAGCGCUUGGGGUCUUAAAAGAUGGAGAGCAGCCAUCUGUGGCAUGACAGUUGGUCUCUAUUCACUUAGAACUACAGAGGAAGGAGAGUCAGGAAUAGGAGGAGCAUAUGGAAUGUGCAGCUAAUUGCCUCUGUGAAUAACUGUGUCCUUUGGCAGUUCUACUGUGUCCUAUAGGGUCGCUAUGAGUCGGAAUUGACUCGACGGCACUGGGUUUGGUUUGGUUUUGGUUUUUGCCAUGAGACCAGAAGAACUGGAUGGUGCUCAUGUACCGUUACUGAAUAUUUUGAUCAAAGAUUCCAUAAAAGAAUCAUGAUCAAAGACGGGGGGGAUGUAGAACAGAAUUUCAAAUUUUCAUGCAAUCCAGACUUUCCGGAGCUACGGAGGCUGGAUGAACCCCUGAAACUAUUCCGAGAUAAUCUUUAAAACUUAAACGAAAAAUACCCCUGAAGCCUCCUUAAAACUAAACAAUAGUUUAGCUUAAGUAGUAAAAAAAGUCUGCCUUGAACAUUAUGCUCUUUAAGAACUAUCUCUAUGGGAUCAAAUUGACAAUAGCAACUCGAAAGAUUAGACAGCAGCCUUAGGGGGCAGUGAAGUUAAUGGGGAGGGACAAUUCAGAAAAGAAGGGUGAGAAUGGUUACACAACUUGAAGAAUGUACUCAAUGUCACUGAAUUGUACGUGUAGAAACUGUUGAAUUGGUGUAUGUUUUGCAGAGUUGGUGUACGUUUGGCUGAGUGUAUUCUCAACAACAAUAAAAUAAAAUUAAAAAAAAAAAAA